AUGCGGGCGUGGCCUGGCUGCGGGACUCCACCCCGGGGCGGGGCUGGGGCGCGGGGCGCGGCGGCCUCCCUCGGGGCCCCCGGGGCUCCCGCACCGCCCGGCCCCUGCGCCCCGGAGCCUGAGCCAGCGGAGCCGCGCCAGCCCGAGCGCCCGGAGGAGCUGGCGGCGGAGGCCAGGCAGGAAGAAGAGCAAGACUCGGACAGUGAUAAGGGGCUGUCCCCAGAAGGGCCCGAGGAAGAGGAUGGAGAGGCCUUCUCCUUUAAGUACAGCCCUGGACAGCUGAGGGGAAGCCAGUACAAGAAGAUGAUGACCAGAGAAGAAUUGGAGGAGGAGCAGAGAGUUCAGAAAGAACAGCUGGCUACCAUCUUCAAGCUCAUGAAGGACAACAAGGAGACCUUUGGGGAGAUGUCGGACGGCGACAUGCAGGAACAGCUCCGACUUUAUGACAUGUAGGCCUGUCACCCAGCAAGACUUGACUCAGGACAUCCUGCUGGCCCUGAGGAACUUGGACCUGACCUUUGGUCCAAGCACUUGUGAUCAUCAGACUUUUGUAGGAUUAUCAUAUAACUAUAAAUAUAGAUGUGUAUUAGAUAUGGGUUUUCUUAAUCCUUGCAAUUUAUAUACCAUUUUUAGAGGAGACAGUCUUAUUUUCUUCAUAAGAGGAAUCCUCUGGCCCUCUGGCUUCAGCUUGCUGGUGAGGGUCCAGCCAUUCUGUGUUCUGCAGAAGACAGGGCAGGUGGUCCAGGAGAGCCAACCCUGAGAACUCAGGGGAGAUGCUUGGCCUCUUAGCACAUGGUGUAGACAGAAUGAGGAGUGCUGUGGGGGAAGUAAGCAGUACUUCCUGUGGCCAGAGUAAUAUCAUAUUCUCAUUCUGCCCUAGAGAGGAUUUCUGGAAACUUCUGCCUUGGUAGCUGCUAGCCAAAGGAUAGCAUUCUUUUAUCAAAAAAGUCUGAUUCAAAGGCUCACCAUUCACCCAGAGACAGAACAGUGGGAUCCAAGGUAACAUCUCCCAAGAGCUUCUGUCACCGAAGCAGAAACUUACCUUAAAUGUAGUUGGGAUUUGAGCAUGUAUGGUAAGAAUAUCUAGAGAUGUGUUAGACACUGUGAUAGAGGAAGUAAAAUAUGCAGCAUGAGCUCGGGGCAGCACCUGCCUCACAAGUUCCAGGCUCUGGAUUCUACCCCUAGCAUCAGACCAAAAACCGACAAUAUGGUUCUUAGCUUAGGGCACUAAAGGCCUUAGCGUACAGGAACCUACCAGAAAGCAUUGGGGAAAUGCCCAUUACUCACUGAUGAUGGGGAUGGGAACCUCUGUGGCGCCUCAUGCCUGCAGAUCCUGCUUCUCAUCACCCCACUGAGAGGAAAAUUCAUAGCCUGAGCAAACUGAGUUCAGGAGGGUAUGCGGGAAGAAAGGAAGAAAGCUUUUAAGUCCUAUUUUUAUUUGCUAAAAUAAAGCUACAUCAAUAUUAAA